AUGGGUGUGGCCGUUCUUCACAUGCAGGGAGAUUUUCUGACCUGCCAGCCGGCAUCUGGAAAAGAGGGUAUCCUCCUAUGGAAUGGCGAAAUUUUCAAUGGCGAUAUUGAGAUUCCAGACGGAAAAAGCGACACAGAAGUGAUUUCGCAAUUUCUGGAUUCACUCUCUGAUGCAACCGAUUUUUUAUCUGAACUCCACGAGAAGCUGUUUUGUAGGAUUGAAGGCCCAUAUUCGUUUAUAUAUUACAAAAAAUCUGCCCACAAGCUCUACUAUUGCAAGGAUAUUUUUGGACGGAGAAGCCUAUUGCGCUGUAAUAGGGAAGAUUCCAUUUUGUUAUGCUCCUCCAUAAUAUCUGACCAAAUAAGUCAACCGGAAGAAGUCGAUGCAAACUUCAUUUAUGAGAUAGACUUGAAUACACGGAAUGUUUGCCAGUAUCACAGAAGCUGUCCCUUUCCCGUGUCCCCGAGUAUUCAAACCUUUGCGCUCGAGUAUUACGACAAAAAAUGUUUAGAGCUUUUGGAAAAUUCAAUAAGAAGCCGGGUAUCAAAUAAUCGAAAAGGGCAGGGGUCUACUGUUGCUAUUCUUUUUUCUGGUGGUCUGGAUUCGACCCUCUUGGCUCGCUUGUCGGAUAAGGUACUUGACCCGGACGUAUUGAUCGAGCUGAUUAAUGUCUCUUUCAUCCCAUCAAAUGGAAAUGGCUUGCUUUCGGAAAAGGAAAUUCCAGAUAGGAUUUCUGCAAUCGAGUCAUUCUCCGAACUUGAAAGGUUGUCCUGCUCGAGAAAAUGGAUUUUCUCUCCACUAAACGUUACCAUAGAGGAGUACCAAAAAAAUCGAUCCAGGAUUCGAUCCCUAAUUGCUCCCGCAAAUACGGCAAUGGACUUGUCGAUAGCAGCGCCCUUUUGGGUUGCCUCUACGUGGCCAUCGGUAGGCUUUCAUCGCGUUUUAUUGUUAUCAAAAUUUGACCGGCAUGGCUUGGAAGGGCUCUCUUCAGAGAUCUCUCUCGAUUUGAAUAGAAUGUGGCAUCGAAAUCUUGGCAGGGAUGACAGGGUUCUUUCUGAUGGCGGCAGAGAGGCUCGAUACCCAUUUUUGGAUGAAAAAUUGGUCCACUUUGUGCUUGGACAAUGUCCAAUUUCAGUUAGAAUGGACCUUUCUCUUCCUCGCGGGCUUGGCGAAAAGGCAAUGUUGCGGAGGAUUGCAAAAGCGCUCGGCCUUUCCCAUUGUGUCGACCUGCCCAAAAGAGCAGUGCAAUUCGGAACUAGGUCCUCCAAAAUGGAGGGUCCUGCAAUCAAAUGCGGAACCGAUGUCAUUUUUUAG